AUGGUUUCUGAGGCGAAGGAAGAGCCUAUGAGGACUUUUGCGGAAAGCUGGGCACGGAAGAGGGAGAUAAGAGAAUCUAUAAGAUUCUUCGGAUGCGGGAAAAAUACACGAGAUUUAUUCCAAGUCAAAUGCAUUAAGGCUGCUGACGGUGUAUUUCUGGUGGAAGAUGCAGAGAUAAAGGCACGUUGGAAAGAAUAUUUCAACAAACUUUUCAAUGUAGGGGGAAACACCCCCUCAGUCAAUCUUGUGGGCUCUAAUGAACCUGUGGACCCGUCCGAGGAGGCCAUCCGUGACAUCCAUGAAAGCGAGGUAAGAGAGGCCCUAAGAGGAACAAAAACAGGGAAGGUGUUGGAACCUGAUACCAUCCCUAUCCAGGUGAGGAAGUGCCUAGGAGAUUAA